AUGGCAAUACUCCUCACAGGCGGCACGGGAAAGACCUCCGUACGUAUUGCGCGUCUGUUGCAAGAUGCGAAGAUCCCAUUCGUCUUGGCCUCACGCAGGGGUGAGGCUGCAGCUCCAUCCGGCAUGCCGGCGGUCAAGUUCGAUUGGCUCGACUCUUCGACCUUUGCGACCCCCUUCCAACAUGAAUUCCCGGGAGACGAGGGUGUUUCCGCAAUUUACUUGGUUGCACCGGAAGCCGCCGAUCCAGCAUCGCCAAUGAUUGCUUUUGUCGACUAUGCAGUCAAAGAGCACGGUGUCAAUAGGUUCGUCCUCAUGGCCGGUAGCUCCGCCGAGCCAGGCGGACGUCUCCUUGGCCAAGUGUGGCAGCAUCUUAACGACAUUGGCGUUGAGUACUGUGUGCUCCGACCAACCUGGUUUAUGGAAAAUUUCUCGGAGGGGAUACAUUGUGCCACGGUCAGAGACGAGGGCAAGAUUUAUACGGCGUGUGGCGAUGGCAAGAUCUCGUUUGUUAGCGCCUCCGACAUUGCAGCCGUCGCAUUCCGCCCGCUCACCGACGAGAAACCGCACAAUACCGAUUAUCGGGUGCUGGGGCCUGAGCUAUUGACCCACGACGAGAUUGCGGCCAAACUCAGCAGUCAUUUGGGACGCGAAAUCACACACGUCAAUCUUAUCGGCGAACAACGAAUUCAACGGUUGAUGCGCGUCGGCCUGCCUAAACACUACGCAAAGUUCAUUACCUCUCUUGAAGUCUCAGCGGGAAAUGGUGAUGAAAAUAAAAUGAAUGAUGCCGUGGAGCGAGUGACUGGACGGCCUCCGCGGACGUUUGAUGCACUCGCCCAGCAAUGUAAGGCGGUAUGGGAGUAG